UCCUUUCUCCCUCUCGUACGCGGCGGCGGCGCCCACCUCUUCUUCCUCUGUUCUAGGGUUUCUCCUUUUAGCCGUCGAAUCCAACCGAAAUCGCGCGCUCUUCUCGCUUCUUACUGUAAGAUCUGAGAAUGGCUGCUGUUGCUCCUGCCGCUGCUCCCGCUGACCAGACUACAGAUCUGAUGGAGAAACUGUCUUUGGAUACCACAAGCAAGAGUAACGAAGCUCGGGAGACCACAAAGAAGCCUUCUGGAAUUCACUAUGGUCCAGUGAAUGGAGGGGAAGCACCAAUAGCUCCUGUUCCUUCAAACAAGCAGACUUGGACUCCUCUACUCGAGGAGAAUGCGGAUGCGAGCACGUUCUACUUGCCCAAUGGGUACACGUCACCAUUUUAUUACGGAGGUUAUGAUGGUUCAGUGACCGAGUGGGAGGAGUACCCUAGAUAUGUUAGUCCGGAGGGUGGAGUUUAUGGGGACAUGUAUGGAUAUGGUUAUGCUUCUUAUGGCCCAUAUCCUUCUCCUGGUUCCCCAGCUCCAAAUUUGGGACAGAGCAGUCAUUUGUAUGGAGUGCAACACUACCAAUAUCCAACCUCAUACUAUCAGCCACCUAUUACAUUUUCACCAUUUAUGACAAGCCAAUCUCCUAAUGCUAAAGGGGCGGUGCCUACCUCUUCUGCUGUUGAUGUCCCCUCCAUUCCAGGAGAUGCAGCAAAGCCUAUUUUCAAUGGAACAGCUAAAGAAAAUGCAAAUAGUAGCAAUGCAUCAUUAAAAGUUAAACCAGCACAACAAAACUCAUCACUGAAUUCAGGUGGGUUAGCUGGCAAAGGAGCUUCGCCUGGUAGACCUCUCUCUUCAGGUUACCAGGAUCCAAGAUAUGGCUUUGAUGGUGUGUGGCCAACUGUUCAAUUCUUUGAUGGUUAUGUAUUUCCGGAUGGGCAAAGAAAACCUGCUACAAAAAAUAGUGGCCCUAUGAGUUCUGGUGCAGGCAACAUAUCAUCAAGGAACCAAAUUCUCCAACCCCUUCCUCAUCUUAUGGGUAUGCAUGCCCCUAGACCUGCAGUUCCUGGAAUGGUCAGUAAGAUGUAUCCUAACAGCCGGAUGUAUAAUGCAUUUGGAGGCAGUCAGGGUUUUCAUUCAGGAAUAUACGACUCCAGAAUGAAUGGUAGAUGGGGGAUGCCUGUAGAUAAUAAGUAUAAGCCUAGGGGACGAAGUAAUGGAUUAUAUGGUUAUGGUAAUGAGAACUCAGAUGGUUUAACUGAGCUCAACAAAGGACCUCGGGCUGAUCGUGUUAGAAACCAGAAAGAGGUUGGACCUAAUGUUACAAUUGCAGUUAGAGGACAAAGUCUUCCGGCGAAUGGAAAUGUUCAGGAUUCUGUUGGAGUUCCUGAAAGAGAUCAAUACAACAGAGCUGACUUCCCAAAUACAUACUCAGAUGCCAAGUUUUUCAUCAUCAAGUCCUACAGUGAGGAUGAUGUUCACAAGAGCAUAAAGUACAAUGUUUGGGCUAGCACUCUCCAUGGUAACAAGAAGCUUGAUGCAGCUUAUCAUGAAGCUAAGCAGAAAACGUCUGGAUGCCCUGUUUUCUUGUUUUUCUCUGUGAACACAAGUGGACAAUUUGUUGGUGUUGCAGAGAUGAUUGGCCCAGUUGAUUUUAGUAAAACACUGGAUUACUGGCAGCAGGAGAAAUGGAUUGGUUGCUUUCCUCUCAAAUGGCAUAUUGUCAAGGAUGUCCCUAAUAGCAUUCUUAAGCACAUUACAUUGGAGAACAAUGAGAACAAACCAGUGACAAACAGUAGAGAUACUCAGGAGGUGAAGCUAGAGCAAGGGCUACAACUGCUUAAACUUUUCAAGGAGCAUGUGAGCAUGACAUCAAUUUUGGAUGAUUUCGGUUUCUAUGAAACCCGACAGAAGUUGAUGCAAGAAAAAAGAACAAAGCAACAGCAAUUUCAGAAAAAGGAGGUUGAAGUUAAACCAGCAGGCUCUGAUGAGAACGAUAAGGAUGCAGCCAAUGGGAAACUUGGAUUACAGAAGCCAUUGGAAUCUGUUAUGGUUCUGAAGAAUGAAUCUGCGCAGGUUGGGCUUGCACAUGCUGAACAAGUGCCAUCAGAAAAGAAAUGAGAUCAAUACACAACACUAAAUCAGUGACUCAGAAUAGGGUUUUGGCUAAUCAAUCCACAUUUGAGGGAAAUACUAGUUCUGAAUUCAUACCCUCAGCAGCUGCUGCAAAUCACUUGUUCAUCUGUCCUAGAGUAGCAUUGAUUAUAAGUUUUGUUCCUUUUCCCUCCACCAUAGUGUAUUUUAUCCUCUUCGCCUAUGAAGGAAUCGCUUUAUUUCUUGUUUGUCGUAGGCAGCUCCUUUCUAGAUGUUUUUCCUUUUUCUCUUGAGCUUCUUGCAAGAGGUCAUCUUCACAAGGCAAAUUUUAUGUCAUCAAAGAUGCUUUUUGCUCAAGGUGCUCAUUAUCUCUCAGUAGUCUUUCUGUAGUAGGUUUCAAUAAGCAAUGCAGUGCGUAUCUAGUUCUCUAUCAAA